CGACCGCGAGCCUGGGCGAGUCAGCAGCCGGCAGCGCAGCGGCGGGAACCGCAGCCUGGGGACCCUGGAACCUCCCAGGUGUCACACUCCUCAGUCAGUCCUGCACCUGUGAGUCUGAACUAAGAUCCCUGGAUGGUGAAGAGAGGAGACUGUAGCAAAGGAUCCAGCUUUUAAUUUUUUGAGAAGAGUGACAAGAAGAAUGAAUGCUUCUCUCAUAAAUGCUCCUCAGGGUCAGUUAACAUUCAAGGAUGUGGCUGUGGACUUCUCACAGGAGGAAUGGGAAAGUCUUGACUGUGCUCAGAGGACAUUGUACAUGGAUGUGAUGUUGGAGAAUUACAACAAUCUGCUUUUUGUGGAGAAUCAUGUCAUGUGCCAUAAAUAUGAGAACAUCUUAGAUCAAGACCUACAACAUAUUGUCCACGAGCAUGUGAAUAUCCAAGUGAAGUCUUAUAAAUGUCAUGAGCUUGUUAAAAUCAUUCAUGAAUCCACCCAAAGUGCACCUUAUAAAACUAACAUCAGGGAUACAUCGGUUGAAUCAUCAAACGUAAGCAGGCUUGAAACUGGAAACAACAGAGAACCUUGCAAAUAUAAAUACCCUGUAAACUGUUUAAAUUCCUGCUCUACCAUUAGUUUAAUUCAGGGAAUCCACAGAGGAAAGAAAGAAUACAAUGGUACAGAACUUGAUAAGGAUUUUGACUCUAAACAAAAACUAAUUCAGAAACAAACCAAUAAUAGAAAGAAACCGUACAAAUGUAAUGACUGUGCCAAAUGUUUCACCAAGAAAUGCAAACUUACACAACAUCAGACAAUUCAUACUGGAGAGAAGCCUUACAAAUGUAGUGAGUGUGACAAAUACUUUACCCAAAAAUACAGUCUUAUUAUUCAUCACAGAAAUCACACAGGAAAGAAACCUUACAGAUGUAGUGAAUGUAACAAAUGCUUCACCCACAAAGGCUAUCUUGGAAAACAUCAGAGAAUUCAUACAGGAAAGAGACCUUACAAAUGCAGUGAAUGUGACAAAUGCUUCACCCAAGUUGGUGAUCUUAGAAAACAUCAGAGAAUUCAUACAGGAGAAAAACCUUACAAAUGCAAUGAAUGUGACAAAUGCUUUAGCUACAAAAGUGGCCUUAGAAGUCAUCAGAUUAUCCACACAGGAGAGAAACCUUACAAAUGUAGUGAAUGUGACAAAUGCUUUACCCACAAAGGCGAUCUCAGAAGACAUCAGAGUAUUCAUACGGGAGAAAAACCUUACAAAUGUAGUGAGUGUGACAAAGGCUUUACCCAAAAAUGCAGUCUCAUCAUUCAUCAGAUAAUUCAUACAGGAGAUAAAGGUUACAAAUGUAGUAAAUGUGACAAAUCCUUUACCCUCAAAAGUGAUCUUAUUAUUCAUCAGAGAAUUCACACAGGAGAAAAACUUUACAGAUGUAUUGAAUGUGACAAAUACUUUACCAAGAAAUAUCGUCUUAGAAUUCAUCAGAGAGUACAUUCAGGAGAGAAACCUUACAAAUGUAGUGAAUGUGACAAGUGUUUUACCCUGAAAGGCAAUCUUAGAAUUCAUGAGCGAAUUCAUACAGGAGAGAAACCUUAUAAAUGUAGUGAGUGUGACAAAUUCUUUACUCAAAAAUGCAGUCUUAUUAUUCAUCAGAGAAUUCACGCAGGAGAAAAACCCUACAAAUGUAAUGAAUGUGACAAAUGCUUUACCCGCAAAAGCAGUCUUCGUAUUCAUCAGAGAAUUCAUCUAGGAGAGAAACUUUACAAAUGCUGUGAAUGUGACAAAUGCUUUACUGACAAAUAUUGUCUUAGAAGUCAUCAGAGAAUACAUUCCGGAAAUCAACCUUAUAAAUGUAGUGAAUGUGACAAAUGUUUUACCCUGAAAGCCAGGCUCAGCAGUCAUCAGAAAAUUCAUACAGAUAAGAAACCUUACAAAUGUAGUGAAUGUGCCAAAUACUUUACCCAAAAAGGCAGUCUUAUUAUUCAUCAAAGAAUUCAUACAGGAGAGAAACCUUACAAAUGUAGUGAAUGUGAUAAAUGCUUUACCCGCAAAAGCAGUCUUAAUAUUCAUCAGAGAGUUCAUACAGGAGAGAAGCCUUACAAAUGUAGUGAAUGUGACAAAUGCUUUUCCCACAAAGGCGAUCUUAGAAAACAUCAGAGAAUUCAUACAAGAGAAAAACCGUUACAAAUAUGAAUGUGACAUAUGAUUUCCCCCAAAAUUCAGUCUUCUUAUUCAUCAGAGAUUUCAUACAGGAGAGAAGUCUUUCAAAUGUAAUGAAUGUGACAAAUACUUUACCUGCAAAAGUAGUCUUAGAAUUCAUCAGAGAAUUCAUGCAGGAGAAAAACCUUAAAAAUAUAGUGAAUGUGAUGAAUUCUUUAGCCAGAAACAAUCUUAGCACUCAUCAGAGAAUGCAUACAGUAGAUAAACUUAACAAAUGAAGUGAAUGAGAAAAACCAUUCCCAAGGAAUAUCAUAUUUGAAUUUAUCAGAGAAUACUUAUAAGAGAGUACUUAUAAAUGUAUUAAAUGUACAAACUGUUUACUGUUGGUUCAUCAAAGAACACAUACAGGACAAAAACCUUAGACAUGUAUGAGGAUAGAUCUUUAUCCAAAUAUCAGAUCAAAGAAAAUAUCUGGAAAUUUAUAGUCAGAAAAACGUGUCCACUGGAAAAAAUGGGGCAUGUGCUUUAUCCAAGCUGUAUCAUUUCCAACACUUGAGGCUCCACACUGAAGAAUUACUUAUUAUGUAUAUGAGAAAUUUGUGAAGAGAUUAAUGCUCAAAUCUUAGAAACUAUCCAGGGUUUAUUCUGGGAGAAACUGAAAAUGUUACAAUGAAGGAAA